ACGUGUUUCCGCUGGGGUCCUCUCACUCGGACAUACAGAGAGCCCGUGGUGGGACGCGAUUCUGUCUGCGGUGUGAUUCACAGUAUUAUCAACAAAAAUGUACUAUAAGGUCAGCGGAGUCACUGGGAAAUUAACGGGAGCGACAGCAGCGUCCGCUUACAGCCCGCAGGGGCUGAAGCCCACGGUUCCCUCUCAAGCUCCUCCCAUGAUCUUUGCUGUACCGACCAAGGUUGUUUCAGAGACCGGGUCAGUGGCUCACUACAUGGGAAUCAACAAAGUCCCUGAGCUGCAGAAGAUUUUCCAGAAAACUGAUGGAGCACCGGUUCACCUGAAGCGUGGAGUCAUGGACAAAAUGCUGUAUAGGACCACGAUGGGCUUGACGAUUGGCGGCACCCUCUACUGUUUAAUGGCCCUCUAUAUCGCUGCCCAGCCCCGAAAACCACAGUGACCCGCCCUGCUUGUGCCCUCUGUAAUUAUUAAAUAUAUUGUAAUUAUUAUGGCUGGAGUGAUGACAUAGACUUUUGUCAUUUUGCUCUAAAAGACUGCGGCAGAAUUAUUUUAUUUACCCCAGUAUUUAGAUUUCACUCACUGGUUAUACAAAUACAUCUUGAUCAAUCUGACAAGCGCCAUCUGAUUUCAUUGCAUAUGUACAUAUGUUAUUACAUAAGAGUUUAUUGUAUUCGGUUUCUUCUCAUAUGGUCAUCUGAUGGGUCCCCCUUUCUAGUCAGUUGUUUAUCUUAACGGUCUGUUUUUAAAAAUCAGGGAUACUGAAAUAAUGCACACACUGAUGAACUGAUUGAUUUGCUUCCCCUUUUAUCAUUUGAGUAAAUGACAGCAAGCUUGUCAGCCUGUAAAUGAAGUCCUUGUAAUUUGUACCUAGCAGAAUAAAUAGAUUUUGUUUGUAAAAAGUAAACAAUGAAA